UCCCUAGUUUCACUCUUCCUCUAAUUUUCUCUCAUUCUCUUCAACAUUAUAAUGAGAAAGCCUUGCUGUGAUAAACAAGACACCAACAAGGGCGCUUGGUCCAAGCAAGAAGACCAGAAACUUAUUGAUUAUAUUCGAACUCAUGGUGAAGGCUGUUGGCGUUCUCUCCCCAAAGCGGCUGGUUUACACCGCUGCGGUAAAAGCUGUAGGCUAAGAUGGACAAAUUAUCUCAGGCCAGAUAUCAAACGUGGUAAUUUUGCACAAGAUGAAGAAGAUCUUAUCAUCAAGCUUCAUGCUCUCCUUGGCAACCGGUGGUCAUUACUUGCUGGAAGGUUACCGGGGAGGACUGACAAUGAAGUGAAGAACUAUUGGAACUCUCAUCUCAGAAAGAAGCUGAUAAGCAUGGGUAUUGAUCCCAAUAACCAUCGGCUCGACCAUAUUCCUCGUCCUCAGCUUCCACAACGUCAUGAUAUUUCAGCUACUGUCACAUCAAAGCAUGCAGUUUCCAACGCGAAAGUAAUUUCUGCCGAUAACGAUAGAGUUUCUGAUGCCGGAAGUUGUCUUGAAGAUGAAACGUCUGGUGACUCUAAUUUGAAUCUUGAUCUCACCAUUUCUGUUCCCUCUCUUUCGUCCGCGCUUGUUGAUGAAGACAAUAAUAAGCCACAAAAUAAUGUGUCUGUUGUGGCUGGUGCUAUAGGAAGUGAUGAGCUCCCCACCCUUCUUCUUUUUAGAUGAGAAAAUCCAAGGUUUGAAAAUUGGGACACUAAAUUCAAACCAAAUUUUUAUGCAUUGAAGAAACGUACUAGCUGGUUCUUGAAGGGCUCACUGAGGGUUGGAUCCUUUCCAUUAAUGUAACCCAACCGACUGUAAAUGCAGUAGCUUAAUUAGAAAUAAUCAAAGAAAAAGAAUCUAGAUUAGAUUUAGAAGGAUUGAUUAGAUUAGAUUAGAAGGAUAACACAAUUAAUUAGGCAGAGGGUGCAAUUCUCUCACUGAUUUCAAAACGGUGCAAAUAUAAGGUUCAAUUGUUGUUUGCCCCUGCAGGCCAAAAUUAAUGUCGGAUGAUAAUGACAACACAAUAUACUGUAUAUAUUGUGUUAUCCAGUGUGUGUUAUUUAUGUAUUAUUAUAUAUCUAAUCAAUGACAU